AUGAAGUCGUCCACAGCUACUAUAGGCGCGCGCCAACAGUGCUCCUGCCCGUACUACCAAAAGAAGUUCAAGUCAAAAAACAAGAUGAAGAAGCACAUUGGCGAUACCCAUAAGGAGGAACACGCAGCGGCCCAGAAGGCUGCCCAAACUACCCAAGCAACCAACCAAGCAGGCAGCGCCCAAGCAACCAAGCCACCUAUCAACCCCCCUACCAAGCCGACCAAGCAGGUAGCGCCUAAGCAGGCAGCGCCCAAACAAACGGUGCCCCAGACAAAGACUUCUACCCGACCGAUCAACAACCCUCUUACCCAGUACGAGUUUCCUAAGAGGACUCCCGCCCCACCAAUCAACAAGCCCUUUACCCAUUACGAGUUCAAGGUUGUAUUAACCCAGACUUGUAAUGCUCACAGCAACAAGUGGAAGGAAUACCUCACUGAACCAGAGUACUUCAAUCGCCACAUGAGAGGUGCUUGGAUCAAGCAGAUUCCCUGGCCAGGCUGGCCCUACAUCGCCAACCCUACGAGCAGGCCGACCAAGCCUAAGCCCAAGCCCGUUGCGAAUAGUGGCUUCGCCCCAGUCAGCCUUGCUGGCAGUGGCGGCGGCGGCGGUGGCUUUGGUGGCUUCGCCCCAACCCGCCAAUCCAAGCCCAACCAAGACAACUACAUCGCUGGCGGAGACCAAGACUAUGAGGAAGAGGAGGACUGCUACUUAGACGAAGGUGGACCAGACUUUGCCCCAAACGAAGACUUCGACCUAGGCGACAACUGCUGCCCAGACGACAAUUUCAACUAUAGUAAUGAUUGCGACAAUUGCAACUUCGACGACGAUUUCGACAAUUGCUACUCUGACUAG